AACGAGCUACUAUGACGGUCAAGCGGCCGAUAAGGUGUAAAUAAUGGAUAGGGCAAAGGGACAACGGACAAUAGACGGCUUGCUGUGGGACGAACGUGCUGGAUGAGGGACACGACACGGUACGGGAAACCCGAUUUCAGAGAACCUGCGGACCAAAUCAUGGCAUGGCAAUUGCGAUGGGCAUUUUCUACUCAGGGUGCGGUGCGGGUGGACGGGCUGUCUAGGACGAAUGCGAAACUUCGGGAUUCCCUGGUCACUUUCCUCAAUGGAAACUGUCCCAAACUGAGCCAGCCAUUUUACAAUGAGGAGUUCAUACAGGGUCCUGCUCCUAUUGUUUUGCAACGAAAUGAAGAAGCAAAAUUCACCAAUUCGCACCAGGCUUGCAUCGUGAAAAAUAGGCCAGAUAGAGCUGGAUCUGUUGGAUGCUGCGAUGAUGCUGGAAAGCCAGCCGUUCCCCACGCUCAGCUUUGCGCUCAAAAGAUAAUGAAUGCUCAGCUAUACGUUUGCAGUACUGUUAAAUGUGCAGAAUACUGCGCACUUCAACAUCAGAGCUCCCGCAUCUCCACCCUUGGAUCCUCUACCUAGGCAGAUCCCCUUGGGAGAAACGCAUACCCAGGAGCCAGCUCUCAAAUUGAUCGUCAUCAUGCCUCUAUUAUUGCCUCAUAUAUCUCUAUACUACAAGAUUAAGACAAUACCAGAAGAAGAGGGGAGAUCAGCGGGCCCUGAGUCGAUAGGCGGCUC